AUGAUGCACUGCAUCCAGAAUGAGGACAGGAUACCAAUAUGGCCUCAGGAACCACUAUCGCACACACCGACACACAAACUACUAUUUUUCCUAUCACAUCAUAAACUACCUCCUAAGUGUGGAACAUACCAGGUCAGGUCCAUGAUGCACUGCAUCCAGAAUGAGGACAGGAUACCAAUAUGGCCUCAGGAACCACUAUCGCACACACCGACACACAAACUACUAUUUUUCCUAUCACAUCAUAAACUACCUCCUAAGUGUGGAACAUACCAGGUCAGGUCCAUGAUGCACUGCAUCCAGAAUGAGGACAGGAUACCAAUAUGGCCUCAGGAACCACUAUCGCACACACCGACACACAAACUACUACUUUUCCUAUCACAUCAUAACUUCCGGUCAACUGAUUUAUGUCCUGUCAUAGCGCCUAUCCCAUGAGGAUUGAGUCAGAAC